UAGGCAGCGCUCAGAGCGAUAGUAGGCAACUAGCGGGCGCCAGCUACAGUUUAGAUUAUUGUGAUUACAUCUGCGGCAUUUGUUCCUAACUAAUAUUUUUCCAUUUUGUGAUCAAAUUUUGCAUGAAGGAAAACUCUAAGAAAAGUAUCAACAUGUGAAAAAAAAAAAAACUGAAGGACAGUUAAUAAUGUGCGCUGAGAAUUAAUUACAUUGACAAUAGUGGAGUAUGCUGGCCAGUGUGUGCUGACAGGAGACAGUGACAAGAGUGUGAACUAUGAUGGGAGGUGGGCCUGUGGCGAGAAGUGUGGUAGUGGUGGUGGUAAUUGCGGCAGCGGUAGGGGUGGUGAGUCAGACUCUGAAUUCUGGGCGCACUGAUGGUAAAUUGCCUUUACAUCGAGACUACAGCGUCAACUUCAGGCGUGUUCUCUAUGGAAGGAAUCGGCUAUUCAGCAGAUUCAGCCACCCAACUCACAUGGUCGUGGCGCCUAAAACUGUCCGCCCUGGCGCCGUAUAUCGCUGCGUGGUGACCAUCUUGAGGGUGGACCAUCCCGUGGAGGUGCGCGCCGCCAUCAUGAGGGACGGGGAGGAAAUCACCGAUGCCAGCAAUAUCAUCACCAAGGACUACCCAGAAACCCUCAUGCUGCAGAUUCCCAAGAGCACUGUUCGAGGAGACUACCGUCUUCACGUGGAGGGCAAUAUCCCAGGCACUGUUGGCGGCACCAUAUUCACCAAUGAGACACAAUUGUAUUUCUCUAGACGCUUCCUUACCAUCCUUAUCCAAACCAGCCGACCGUCUUACAAUGGAGGCCAGACCGUGAACUUCAGGGUCAUCUUGCUCACCAUGUACAACAAACCCUACGACGACCCUGUGGAUGUGUUCAUAUUGGAUCCCCAAGGCUACAUACUGCGUAGGUGGCCCUCGCGCUCCACCAAUGUGGGUGUGGUGUCCUUGAGUUUUGACCUGCCCUUCCUCACCAAAGUAGGCUGGUGGAAAAUCAAGGUGUUUGCCAAUGGACAGGAGGAAGUGAAAGAGUUCAAAGUGGAGAAAUGGUUUACGCCGCGUUUCGAGGUGAAGAUCUCCAUGCCAUCAUACUUCCUGGACACAGAUGAAGCAAUCACUGGGGAGUUUGGUGGAGAGUUUGGCAUUGACAAGGGUGCUUAUGGAAAUGCCACCGUGAAGCUCCUGGUCCGCAGUGCUGACACAGAAGAUUGGCAAUUUGUUAUGGAAGAGGACUUUGUGCCAUUGGAUGGUGAAGAUGAGUUUAGUUUCCCCAUGGAUGAGAUUGCUCGCAAGUUUCCACAAACCGAUAACACCAUGGUGCGAGUGGAAGUAGAGGUUCAUGACAGUUUCAUGGGCAUCACUGAAACUGGAUUCAGUAUGGCCAAAAUCAUCAACUCUUCCAUCAACAUUCGUUUUCUUGGUUCCCAGCCUUAUAUCUUUAAACCAGGCCUACCUUUUUCUACCUCAAUUGCAGUGUCCUACCAUGACUUCCAUCCUCUCAGCACUGAAAAGCUUGAGGGAUCUCAUCUGAUAGUGAAAGCAGAAGCUGUGUCAAAGGGAAACAGUGGUCUGACUGUUUUUGAAGUAGAGAUCCCACAGGUAGAUGAAGAGAUGGAGGAGAAUGAAUUCCUGGAUCAGUCAUGGCUUUACAAUAAACGUCUUCAAGCCAUGCAGGCAGAAGAUCCAGACUAUAAACCAGAAGACUCUGAUUACUUGUCAAACUUCCAAUAUCUUAGUGAAGAUGAACUAGCUGAGAAAAAGAUAGAAAUAUAUUUGAGGAAUGAACAAUUUCAGAAGUAUCGUGAGAAGGUUUUCCAUUUCUCCUUUAAUAUGCCAGAGGAGACUUCCCAAGUGACCCUCGUUGCCACUUAUCGGGACAGUGACGGUGAUACUGCUGCAGCCAUGGCCAAAGGAGAGGCUUUCUUUUCACCUCAGGAGCAUUACAUUAUAGUGGAGACAAGCAACAAGAAGGUGGCUGUUGGAGAAUUUGUUGUAUUUCAUAUCCGUGCCAAUUUCAAUAUGGAUUCUUUUAACUAUGUGGUCAUGGCCAAAGAGAUGAUCCUGUUUGCUGGGAAGGAGGUCUUAGAUAACAAAAUACAUGCCAACAUCAAGACAAUGUCUGUGCCUGUGAGUUCAGAGAUGGUGCCUUCUUUCACUAUGGUUGUUUACCAUUUUGGUAAAAAAAAUGAAGUCAUCACUGAUUCCAUCACCAUCCCUGUGAAUAAAAUUUCCCAACACAAGGUUGAGCUUGUGAUUAACCAGGACAAAGAUCACAGCGUGAAAUCAGUGGAGUUAGGUACAUACAGCUCAGCAGGGUCUUUCUUUGGGAUCUCGGGCACACGUACUUUCAGCUACGCUUUGCAAGCAGGCAAUGAUAUUUCUCAUGCUUCAGUUCUUCAAGCUUUGCAUGGUUUUACUCACAGAAAAAGAUUGAUCCACAAAAUGGUAUGGCGUGAACGUGACAGCCCCUUGGCAGAACAGGUGGAAUAUUAUACUUCAGGAAACUAUGGUCCAGAUACUAACAGAACAUUUGCCUUCAGUGGACUUGUGGUGUUUACAGAUGCCACUGUAGGAGUCAUUCCUACUUACAUGGGAAACCAGUGUAACAAAACAGAAGGUUUCUUACCGUGUCUCAUUGGAGGAUGUUAUCUUUCCUCAAAGCACUGUGACGGAAUUGUUGACUGUUCUGAUGGCUUUGAUGAAGUAGAUUGCGGUGAUCCAAUGAGGGACAAAGAUAUGAAAUUCCGUCUUGGUCGCUACAGAAAAUAUGCAGAUUUCUAUGAUGAUGGAGAUGGAGACUGGCUUUGGCUGGAUAUCAACAUUGGUCACAAAGGACAUGAGCAGAAUAAUGUUGAGUUGAACAAGGUGGACGAUCCCUACACAGUUAAUGCUUUCAGUAUCUCCAAAGAGUUUGGAUUUGGCAUGAUUCCUGCUCCAAUUGAGUACCUGUCACUGCCAUCAAUGUACAUCAGUUUGGAGAUGGCAGAGACGUGUCGCAGAGGUGAACAGGUUGGAGUACGUGUUGUAGUGUUCAACAUGCUUCCUGAUGAGGUGAUGAUGGUAUUUCUAGUUCUUCAUGGAACUGACAGUCACAGAUUUAUAAUUGUGGAGGAGCAUGGAGUAGUGGAUUUUUAUCAUCCUCGUACCAAGGCAGGAGAUCAUCAGCACCUUAUUACAGUUGGCCCUGAGGGGUCACAGGAAGUGAUCUUCCCCAUUGUGGCCACUAUAGAUAAAGGUGAGAUAGAAAUAACAGUUACAGCCACAACUCAGAUUGGCUGGGAUGAGGAGAGUGCUACCCUUACUGUUGAGCCAGAGGGAGCCACUAUGGACCGUCAUACCUCAGUUAUGUUGGACCUCAAGAACCGAGCAAUUGUUUAUGAAUACAUGGAUAUAAUUUUGGAUGAAUCUUAUGUUAUUCCUCUGAGCAUCCUGAGGCGCUUUGUGGCUGGCUCUCCUCGUGGCCAUGUGUCCCUUUGUGGAGAUGUGGUGGGGCCAUCUUUUCCAAAUGGGGGACCUGUAAACUCAAGACAAAUGUUGAGGAAACCAUUGAAAGGGACUGAUGAUACCACUUUCACAUUUGGUGCUAAUGUAUGGACUCUCCACUACCUCCGUCUCACAAACCAACUAGACUACUCAGAGAGACAAGAUAUUUUUGAUCAGCUGAAUGUCAUGUUGACAGCCAUCAUGUUCCGUUACAACAAGAAUGGAUCCUUCAAGAUGUGGGGCAAUGUUGGACCAAGUGUCUGGUUGUCUGCCUGGACCAUACGCAUUAUCCAGCAAGCACAGUUUCCAGACUGGGAGAACCUUCUUUACAUUGACCCAAAUAUCAUCUCUACAACAGUAAAGUGGCUCCUGCAGUGGCAAGAUAAAACAACAGGAGUUUUCCGUGAAACUUCAUAUUAUAGUGACACUCCUAUCAACAGAAAAGCUGCUCCUUCCUCUUAUGGCUUGGAGUGGCAAGGACCCAAGAACAUCACUCUUACUGCUCACUGUCUCAUUACUUUAGAGCAGACAAUUGACACAUUACAGGGCCCUGUACGUGCUGAGGCCAACCUUGCUAGAACACGAGCUGUCAGGUACUUGGAAACAGAGCUUAACCACAUCCGUGACCCUCUAGAGAUAGCCAUUGUGGCAUAUGCACUUUCCCUGGCUAACUCAGUGUCAAAGGAAGCUGCCUUUAGUAUUCUGGACAACAUGAAGAGAUCUGAAAAUGGACUGAUCUACUGGUCAAGGGAGCCAGUGGAACCCAAUAAACGUGUCCAUGAGAACAGUCAGAGAAACUUGCUUCAGCCUAAAUACGAAGAGGAGUGGGACUCCCAUGCAGUGGAAGCCACAGCCUAUGCCCUUCUUGUAUACCUCAUCCGUGAUGGCAUUGACAUUCACCAGGAGAGGAUUGUGAAGUGGUUAAAUGGCAUGAGGAUGCAUGAUGCAGGUUUUAUAUCCACAGUGGAUACUUUAGUGGCCCUGCAAGCACUCACUGAGUAUUCUUUUCGUGCACGCCUGCGAGACAUCACAGACAUGAAGGUGCUCAUUCAUGCCACAGGGGAAGAGGACAAAGCUCCACAUGAGGUGUACAUCUCCAGCAUGAAUGUCUCCAGGAUGAGCAAGAUUCCACUAGAAAAUGUGUGGGGUUUGGUGAAUGUCUUUGCUACUGGAGAAGGCCAGGCCAUCUUACAGCUGGAUGUGGAGUAUGGUGUCGACUGGGAUGGCUUCAAGAAACAACCACCAAUCAAGGCCUUUGAGUUUACUAUUGAUGAAAGAUACUCCAAGUUUGGUAACAAGUCUCAUUGCGAAGUCACAGUGUGUGCCAGAUGGCUCAACACAAAGGAAGCUGAAUAUAGUUCAGCUACUGUGAUAGAAAUUGAAAAUCCCACUGGAUAUGUGGCUUAUCAGCCACAUCUCAUAGGCAUCAUCCAAAAGGCGCAGAAAAGUAAUUUUCCAACACUGAGAGACUCAAUAGGUGGCCAUGCUGAUGCAUUUAGCACAAAGACUGUCUUUUUUGCUGAUUAUAUUCCCUCAAAUGAGACAUGGUGCUUCACAUACCCAAUUAAGCGAUGGUAUCCGGUGGCCAACCUUACCCGAAUCCGCUUAGCCAAGAUCUAUGAACAGUACCAACCAGAGCGCUUCCAAACAUUGCUCAUCAACUCAACUGUCAACUCACUGGAUAUAUGUGAGGUUUGUGGAUCCUACCAGUGUCCUUACUGUCCUAUUUACAGUUCAGCCCACAAACUCAACCAGCUCCCAGUUGUUCCUCUUUUGUUUGUUGUUUUCUUAGUCUAUAGUUAUUUCCUCACUGAUAGAGUUAACCAUUGGCAAUCCGGCUGAAGAUGAAGUGUUAUUUCUAUCAAUUUGUUAUCUUCUCACAAUUUCUUGUUGAUUUCUGCAAGUAACAUGUUGAGCCAGUAAUGAUGUCAUGAGUUCCUAAGCAAAGAUACAAGAUAUUACUUGUGUGGUAUUUCCAUUGUUGGAUUUGUAUUUUUCCAUUAUUUGCAUAACCAUUUGUAUGAUCUAUUCAUCCUGCUCACUUAUACAUACUUGAAGAAAGAUUGUUGAAAAUUAUUAUUCUAUGUUGAAUAGUAUAUAGAUGUUUAAUAGAGUGAUCAUUAACUGAAUCAAAGAAUUUCAGUAAGGUAUGGUGUGUUUUUGGUGUUAUUAAUAAUAUCAAAGUCAAAUAGUAUAGUGGUUACAAUACUGUGAUGAUGUUUGAUUUUAUAAAUAGGAUCCAAUGCUGGGGUUGCAAAAUUGUUUGGUCCACCAGAUGUCUUUUAUAGCCCACCAUCAACAUCAUCAAUAUCAUGUAACAGGAAAUGUAGUAAUGCUAGUACAGGGAAGAGGCAUUCUGUACCAUAUGGUAGCAUGAGUGACAGAACAGCAUGGUUACAUCACCUGCCUACAGUGGAAGUGUCAUAGAGGUAGCUGCUGGAACCUUAUAUAUAUGGGUACUGUAUUGUUCUCAUUUGUGCUGAAUAUGUACUUUUAUGCUCACCUGUGUACUGUAGAGAAGUUUGAACAGUACUGUGUGUCCUUAUCAGUAUUCAUAGUGUGACCUGGCUGUCCAAAGCUCAGUCAGGUAGUCAGCUGUAUUAUCUGUGUACAAAUCAGGAAGGUGUAUGUAUGUGUUGUAAGCUACUUUGAUAAAAAUCCAGAGGAGUGUCAA